AUGGCGCGGAUCGAUGUCAUUCAACGAGGGGAAAACAAAGUCGGGGUCGCUCCGAUAUCGUCGGCCUUCACAUCUGGGGUCCGGGGACCCUGGGGUUUCUCAGUGAUAUCAGUGAAUUCAGUGUAA